CACACACACACUCUCAACCACAUGCUCCCUUUUCUCUCUUACUCUCCCUCUGACUGAAACGAUAACCGAGGCAGCAGUGGCACAUGCAACAGGGUGCGGAAAGCAAACUCAUCUCAUCUUUUCCCCCUCUUUCCAAGAAGAGGAGGGGAAUGAGGAGAGACAGAAGGAGCAAGAGUGGGAUGCUGUAACACCCCUAAGCCAGCUUCAGGGAAAGAAUUAACAAGAUAAAAGUGUUAGACUGCUUUUCGAAACGAUUCCAGAUUCCGGUUCCAACGGCGCCUCGCCGUUCAAGGCCAUGACCAAGCGCAAGUGGGAAGGAAGAAGAGAGGGUUUCAGGGUGAACACCACCCGUGAGGAGGCACAAGGGCCGGGCCGCCCCACCAGCAGGGGGCGUUUUUCCGAGUCCUGGAAGAGGCUGAGCUCCAGACAGGGGUCCACCAAGAGGUCAGGACUGGCAGCGCAGCAAGCAGCGGCUCAGAAAUCGUGGAUCGAGAGAGCCUUCAGCAAGAGAGAAUGCGUGCACAUCAUCGUCAGCGCCAAAGACCCCCAUAGGUGCUGUUGUGGCCGCCUCAUUGGCCAGCACGUGGGCCUGCCCCCCAGCAUCUCAUCUAAUCAGAAUGAAGAUCGGAGCGCACUGAAGAGCGACAGCUUGUCUGAAAAAUGGUCCAUCAGCAAGCACACGCAGCUGAGUCCCACCGACGCAUUCGGCACCAUCGAGUUCCAGGGAGGAGGACACUCCAACAAAGCCAUGUACGUGCGUGUGUCGUACGACACCAAAGCUGACCUGCUGCUGCACCUCAUGACUAAAGAGUGGCAGCUAGAGCUUCCCAAACUGCUCAUCUCUGUACACGGCGGCUUGCAGAACUUCGAGUUGCAACCCAAGCUCAAGCAGGUGUUUGGCAAGGGGCUUAUCAAAGCCGCCAUGACCACCGGAGCUUGGAUCUUCACGGGCGGAGUAAACACCGGGGUUAUCAGACAUGUAGGUGAUGCUCUGAAAGACCAUGCCUCCAAAUCCCGGGGGAAAAUCUGCACUAUCGGCAUUGCCCCCUGGGGCAUAGUGGAAAACCAGGAAGAUCUUGUUGGCAAAGACGUGGUGCGGCCAUACCAGACCAUGUCGAAUCCCCUGAGUAAGCUGACCGUCCUGAACAGCCUGCACUCGCACUUCAUCUUGGCCGACAAUGGCACCACGGGCAAGUAUGGUGCCGAGGUUAAGCUUCGCCGCCAGCUGGAGAAACACAUCUCUCUGCAAAAGAUCAACACACGGAUCGGGCAGGGGGUGCCUGUGGUGGCGCUCAUCGUUGAGGGUGGCCCUAACGUUAUCUCCAUCGUGCUGGAGUACCUGAGGGACACGCCGCCUGUGCCGGUGGUGGUGUGUGACGGGAGCGGCCGGGCGUCAGACAUCCUGGCGUUUGGCCACAAGUACUCCGAGGAGGGAGGGCUGAUAAAUGAGUCUCUGCGGGACCAGCUGCUCGUCACCAUCCAGAAGACGUUCACGUACAGCCGCACGCAGGCUCAGCACCUCUUCAUCAUCCUCAUGGAGUGCAUGAAGAAAAAAGAGCUGAUCACAGUGUUUCGGAUGGGUUCAGAAGGACACCAGGACAUUGACCUGGCCAUCCUCACAGCUUUACUGAAAGGUGCCAAUGCAUCAGCUCCUGACCAGCUAAGCCUGGCAUUGGCCUGGAAUCGUGUUGACAUUGCCCGUAGCCAAAUAUUCAUCUACGGGCAGCAAUGGCCCGUGGGCUCUCUUGAGCAGGCCAUGUUGGAUGCCCUGGUGCUGGACCGUGUCGACUUUGUGAAGCUGCUGAUUGAGAACGGCGUGAGCAUGCACCGGUUCCUCACACUCUCUCGGUUAGAGGAGCUCUACAACACGCGGCAUGGACCAUCCAACACGCUGUAUCAUCUUGUCCGAGAUGUCAAAAAGCAAGAAUAUCCAGGGUUCAGUUGGAUCUACCUCAAGGGUAACCUGCCACCUGACUACCGUAUCAGCUUGAUCGACAUCGGAUUAGUAAUUGAAUACCUAAUGGGUGGAGCCUAUCGAUGCAACUACACACGGAAACGAUUCCGAACCCUGUACCACAAUUUGUUUGGGCCUAAGAGACCAAAAGCCUUAAAGCUGCUUGGAAUGGAGGAUGACAUGCCAAUCCGACGAGGGCGGCAGAAGACAACGAAAAAAAGAGAAGAGGAGGUGGACAUUGAUCUGGACGACCCUGAAAUCAACCACUUCCCUUUCCCCUUUCACGAGCUGAUGGUGUGGGCAGUGCUAAUGAAGAGGCAGAAGAUGGCCCUGUUCUUUUGGCAGCAUGGUGAGGAGGCCAUGGCCAAGGCAUUGGUGGCAUGCAAGCUGUGCAAGGCCAUGGCUCAUGAAGCCUCUGAGAAUGACAUGGUGGAUGACAUCUCUCAGGAGCUCAACCAUAACUCCAGGGAGUUCGGCCAGCUGGCGGUGGAGCUCCUGGACCAGUCCUACAAGCAGGAUGAGCAGAUGGCCAUGAAGCUCCUUACCUAUGAGUUAAAGAACUGGAGCAACGCCACCUGCUUGCAGCUGGCUGUAGCCGCCAAGCAUCGUGACUUCAUCGCCCACACCUGCAGCCAGAUGUUGCUCACUGACAUGUGGAUGGGGCGUCUUCGCAUGCGCAAAAACUCCGGCCUCAAGGUAAUCCUGGGCUUACUGCUGCCUCCCUCCAUCCUGAGUCUGGAGUUUAAGAACAAGGAUGAGAUGUCAUACAUGCCUCAGGAGCAGGAGGCCUACCUGCAGGAGAAGGAUUCGGAUGAGGCUGACAAGCCAGCCAAGGACAAGGAAGAGGAGGACAUGGAGUUCACCGUAAGAGCAUACUGUGAGGCGCAGUACAACUCCGUGGCUAUGUUGGGGAAUGUGAGCUCAGAAGUGUCUCGGAAAAAGGAAGUAAAUGAAGCCCAGAACCGCCAUCGCCUAAUUCCGUUGGGACGCAAGAUCUAUGAGUUUUACAAUGCCCCCAUCGUCAAGUUCUGGUUCCAUACGAUGGCCUAUGUGGGAUACCUAAUGCUCUUCAACUACAUUGUGCUGGUAAAAAUGGACCUCUGGCCUUCUCCUCAGGAGUGGAUUGUGAUCGCCUACAUUUUCACCAAUGGGAUUGAGAAGAUGCGGGAGAUCCUGAUGUCAGAGCCUGGCAAACUUCUGCAGAAAGUUAAAGUAUGGCUGCAGGAAUAUUGGAACAUCACAGACCUCAUGGCUAUCCUUAUCUUCUCCAUUGGCAUGGUGCUCCGUCUCCAGGAGCCACCCCUCAUGAGCUAUGGUCGGGUCAUCUACUGCGUCAACAUUAUCUACUGGUACAUCCGCCUUCUUGACAUCUUUGGGGUAAACAAAUACCUCGGACCCUACGUAAUGAUGAUUGGCAAGAUGAUGAUUGACAUGAUGUAUUUUGUGAUAAUCAUGUUGGUCGUGCUGAUGAGUUUCGGUGUAGCACGUCAAGCCAUUCUAAACCCUAAUGAGGAUCCAUCGUGGAUGCUGGCUCGCAAUAUCUUCUUCAUGCCCUACUGGAUGAUCUAUGGCGAAGUAUUUGCUGACCAGAUUGACCAUGUGAAUAGUAGGAAGCUACAGAACAGGCUGAAUGAAAAACUCUGGCCGGUCGAAUAUUACGUUCGAACUCAAGGAACUGGGCGUAACAGUGGUCCAUCCCAUAUAGCACCAUGUGGGCAGAACAUCACCACAGAGGACGGUGCUAUUGUGCCCCUGCCCCCGUGUAAGACUGGCGCGUGGAUUGUACCAGCCAUCAUGGCCUGCUACUUAUUGGUUGCCAACAUUCUUCUGGUCAAUCUCCUCAUUGCUGUCUUCAACAAUACUUUCUUCGAGGUGAAGUCUAUCUCCAACCAGGUGUGGAAAUUUCAGCGCUAUCAGCUGAUCAUGACAUUUCAUGAGCGCCCUGUUCUUCCUCCUCCUCUCAUCAUCUUCAGUCACAUGACCAUGGUCCUUAAGCACCUGUGCUGUCGCUGGAGGAAGCAUGAUGAUGAUGAAAGGGACUUUGGAUUAAAGCUCUUCAUCACAGAAGACGAGCUGAAAAAAGUCCAUGAUUUUGAAGAACAAUGCAUUGAAGAAUAUUUCAGAGAAAAAGAUGAUCGCUUCAACUCUUCCAAUGAUGAGAGGAUCCGAGUAACCUCUGAAAGGGUAGAAAACAUGGCAAUGAGGCUGGAGGAGGUAAACGAACGGGAGCACUUUAUGAAGGCCUCAUUACAGACAGUGGACAUUCGGUUGGCACAGAUGGAGGAAGUGAUUGGCCGCAUGGCUGCAGCUUUGGAGCGGGUUACAGGUGUCGAGCGGACGGAAGUAAACAAGGCACGCUCAAGGACAUCAUCAGACUGCACUGACACUAAUUAUAUCCUCCGUCAGAGCAGUUUCAACAGCCAGGAAGGCAACACCUACCGGCUGCAAGAGUCUUUGGAACAGGGUGGGGAGGAGUCAAUUUCUCCAACAUCACCUACCGCACUGGUCCCAAGGGUAAGAAGCCACUCCUUCUACAUAGGCCAUUCAUCCCGAGACAAGUGUGGGACAGACCGAGUUGAAGGAUUCUUCAAGGAGCGCUCUUUGAGCUUACACCGUGCCAAUAGCUCACAGUCGGUUGCAUCAGGAGCUGCCCAGAAAGAGGGCAAACCUGCCCCUCUGAAUACACUGUCUGUACAACAGCAGCACCGACCAUCAUCUUGCAUUGAUAUAUAUGUGUCCACAACAGAAGAGGUACAGGCGCAAGAGAGCUUCCUGGAACCAAUUCGAAUGCCUCAGACACUUGCUCGAGACCCAUCACUUCAUUCCGAGAUCAUGGAGGCAGUGUUAUCUGGAGAACCUGACUACCGUGGUAGGGCAGGGACAAGUGAAAGACAGUCAGAUGGCCCUGUCUUGUUCGAGGACAGCGCUGCUGCAGACCUAUCACUGUGCACCACCCAUCUACCACCAGAUUCCAUGCCUUCGUGGGACACUGAACCAUCCCCUCCACCCUCGGCAGGCAUCCUUGAGCGCUCUAAGAGCAGUCGCUUUUUAUCAGCAGCUGGACCCUUGUUCUUGGAUGAGACAUCAAUGGUCAAGUCCCACAGCCUGGUGUUCAUGCCACGCACCUACUAUGGUGGCAUUGGCAUGCAAGUAAAGGCAGCUGAGUACACCAGCAUCACAGACUGCAUUGACACACGCUGUGUCUCAACAUCAUACCCAGUGCCCGAGCGCUCAGAUUCACCUGGGGGCUCCUUCACCUUUGAGAAGCCCCAGGAAGUGUGUGCCUCACACCCAGAGCGUGAUGCUGAGCUGAGCCAUGCUGAAUCUGAUCCUGAGGAACCUCCUGAGGGUUUAACUGAGACCAGCAAGCCCUGUUCAAGUGGUGGUGGUGGUAUGGGGAUUGAUUUGGCCCUGGGCUUAGCCUUGGGCCCCUUCUGUUCUCCAGCAUCUAGACUGGAACGAGCAAAUAGCUGCUCCUCAUCAGAGGACUCCCAUUCCAAUGUCUAUGCCAAAAAGAGCUUUUCUAUCAGUGAACGCAUGGACAAGGGGCGUGCGAGGAAUCCAUUUCAAAGGAGCAAGUCUGGUAUAAGGCCUGACAGCAAGACAGACACACUCUCCUUGAGGCGACUGGCCAAGCCAUCAGCAUUCCAAAGCUUUGAUGGCCGACACAAUUACACGUGAUGGUGGAGGAGAAUAAGGGAAAUGGGCAGAAGACAUUGUAAAUCUACUGUAGUAUGCAUAGGAUGGAAAAGCUUAAAAGUGCAAAAAUUAUGUGAUGUCCAAAGGCCUGUCCAUUAAGCAGUUAGCACUGUCUGGGUAAAUUUAUGUGCUCUACAUUGUAAUCUGUUCUGGACAGCAAACUAGCACACUUUGACACCUUUAGCACCAUAGUACAAAUCUGGAUUACAACUUUGCCAUUUGGCAAAAAAUAGUUUUCUGCUCUUUUUGAACUGGUAAUUCCUAAUGUUUAUUCUUUUCUGUGCGUUCAGGUGGAAAUAGAAUAGGGGAAUAUGUAUCAAAUGAGCAGACUGAGGGUAUUACCAUUAAUAAGUAGAUUAGCAAGACUUCUUUUAAACAUUGAGUUCCCCCUCUCUACAUUAAUCAACCCAAACAUCUGUCUCAAUAUUUUUAGUUUUACUAUCCAUGUUGUAGUCGUUACCAAUUUUGUAGUGAUGACUUAAAUCCAAAUCUAAGAAUAAAAAAAUGCAAAGGGAAAUAUUUUUAAGAGCCAGACAGAUGUGAGAUGGCAUUUAACAUUUGUUGUAUAUAAUUAGCCUCGUCACACAUGCAUAGACACGCUUAUAAUAAAAAAAAAUGCAAAUAUAUUUUCUAAGAUGUCUACUGUAGUUUUAAAAGAGCUUUUAUCAUGUAAUUAUAAAUUUUUUUCAGCCCACAAGACAUUUGCUCUUAGACACCCUUAUGGUGCAAUUGCAACCACAGCUCUCCUGACCUGACCUUACCCUACUUUAUUUCAUAUUGUUCCCAAUAUCUCUUGGUCACAUGUGUGGACACUAGUCCAAUGUCAUGUCGAACAUCAUGUUUUCCAAUCACACAUAAUACGACACAUGGUACACAUGGUCAUGAUAUUAAAAUAGAGUUGGCCUUCAUUUAGCACAAUUUUAAUUAAUAAUCAUAUGAUCUAAGUUGUAAUUUACUAAACCCUGACUUUGAAAGUAAAUUCAUGAGAUCAGCUGGAGUUUCAGAAAUGAGUGAACCAAGCUUUUUUUUUGCUUUCAAGAUUAUCGAUGUAGACUUGCUAUGCAAGAGGCCAGGGCAGCAGGGGAUAGGGAGUGAUUCUUAUGCACUUUAGAACGUGUUGAUUUCAGGUAUGCACGUCUAUAAGCAUUGUGUUUAAGGCUGGCUGAGAGAUUUUAAUCCUAUAUUCCAAAUCAUUAUACUGUACAAGUAUUAACUUAAUUGCAAUUUAUUCUUUCUUACGGCUUCUCCCAUUAGGGGUCGCCACAGUGGACCAUCCGCAUGUUUGAUUUGGCACAUGUUUUUACGCUGGAUGCCCUUCCUAACGCAACCCUCCCCAUUUAUCCGGGCUUGAGACCGGCACUAUGGCUUGUGCAACUUAAUUGCAAUUUAUUACUACAUGUAUAUACAAACUUUCUUGCAUUAUUCUACAUAAUUACUAAUUAUUUGUGAUUACACAUAUUGGUUUUGAGAAUCUGAAAUAGAUUUUAAAUAACUGAAUCUCAAUUUUGGAGUUGUGCGUUUUUCUUUAAACGAAGGCAUUAUGUAAGGAAUCAAUCGAAUUCAAAACAAAUAUAUUAUUAUAAUUUCAUGUUCCAGAAAAAGGAAACAUGAAUGCCCCUAACAUUAAUGUAAAAAGUAGAAACUAAGAUUUCAAAGCAAUAUGAGAUAAAAGAAACAUUUCGUGAUUUAUUUGCCAGCUAAAAUCAAGAUGUUGAAAGUAUAAUUAGUUCAUGAGUUUUACGCCCACUUCUACUAUCAGUCUUGUUCUUUUGUCUUAUUUAUGUGCAAUAGCACCAAGAGACAAAACCAAGAGAUUCUAACAGACACUCAGAAAACAGAAAUAUGUGUUAAUGUAAAGGGAAUAAAUACUACAGUCUGAAAGUACAAAAUGCAAACAUUUUCUGCAUAUUCAGAUUACUGUGGUUUUCAUAAAAUAAUGCAGACACUCAUAUUAUUGAAUAACAUCAAAUCAUAUGACAUCCUGCCAUCAAAGGCUGUACAGGACCGUGAGAAAAUAUGUCUCUGAUAAGUGAAAUGUGAAAACUUGCCUACUAGACAAUGCUUAAAAUAUAAUUUUGCUUAAAAAAAAAUUGAGAAGCAAUUUCUGGCUGCUGGCACUAUUGGCAGUGCUUUUAUAGGCAUAACACAAUUGAGUCCUCCAUUCUUUAACCACGUGUAAAGUAUGAUUCACCCCAACAUGUGGUCUGGGGAUAUGUAUGGCUAGAUAACAGGGCCUGUUAACUUAAUCUACACAUUUCAGCUAAACAUAGUUGUUUGAUGUCCUAAAAUAUAAGUGAGCAUCACUUAGGCAUCGAGUUGUCACAUGUAAAAGCACUGUAUGUGUUCCAUAAAUGUUGCUGUGGUAAGGUCACUACAUUUUGAGAAAGGGGCCAAACAAGGAAAAGACAUGUGCCGUGCCAAAUCAAUGAGGAAACUUCACGUGUUCUUAAUCUUUUUUUCCUACACUAUAGCGUGCAGGUUUACGAGUUAUAUUCCACAUUUUCCAAAACCCUUCCUUUUACUUUUAUUUUUACUUUUAUAUUGUGAGCACUUGUAUGCUAAUGAGACGAAGCACAUGUUUUUUUUCUGCAAUAAUAUUGUAAUUUUAUCAGAAGGGGUCAUAGUUAAUUUAGUGUCCUUAAAAAUAAUUGCAUGUCGUUCUUCCAGAAGGAUGUGAAAUGAAUUCUGCGAAAUGAGAGAAAAUUUGUAAGGAUGAGAUGAGUCCCGUCCUCCCACUGUAGUAGGCUAAGUAUUUGAAUGCAAAUACAAAGAUGUAUUCUGUAAUAUUCCUCAAUGUGAAUAGGAUGUUUGGCAUGUAUUAUUAAAUAAAUUAAUAUUUA